AUGUGGGUCAGCCGCAUGUUUAAAGAACAAGUUACCAAAGUGCUGUUCCGCACAAUGUUUUCUAAUGUCCAGUACAUGAUCCGACAGGACUGCAGAUCAAUCCCAACUGAAAUGAUUCUCGAGGUCGGCCAUGGCGUGGAUAUCAGCGGGAUCAUAAACAAGCUGGAGAGCGACAAUGUCAAGAGAUGGGUAGAGUUCGACUAUGAUGAGCUGGCCUGUCUUGACAAAAGGCUUGCCAAGGCAUUCCCGAAUGUCACCCGUGUAGCUCAUUCUAUUCAUGACCCGUCGACUAGCGAGCGUCCGUUUAUGUCGGAUUUCAUUAAUCAGAAGGCUGGCCAGUUUAGUGAACUCCAGAUUGUUUUCCCUUACAACGGAAGCAUCGACAUGGGCAAGUUGGGCAUUUACUUGACACCCUUUUCGUUUUUGAAGUCUGGGCUGCUGCCACCACAACUUGUCUCGCAGUUCAAUCCGGUGAUAGUUGAGUUACCAGAGGUGCGUUUGGACAAUACUGCAGCACGGCGUACUCUAUUUAGCGGAGGUAGCGGCAAGGGGCUCGAACUACCGCGACUCAAAACGCUGGGUCUAUACAUCGACUCAACUUUAGUAAAGCUAGGUGUCCCUGUGGACCAGCGUUCAACUGGUCUAAAGUUCCCAGAGCAAAUGAACCUAAGGUUGCUUGGAAAGGGCCGGGUUAUGCGAAACCGUACGUCGCUCGUUUCUCUGGAGAGCAUCAAGCAGCUGUCACUGGGUGAGGAGAUACCUUGCGGCUGUGUCAACAUGACCGAUGUGCUACACGAGAAGAAUUUGCUAUCAUCCAAGGUUUAUGCUAAGCGUCUGGUGAUUGACGGCGAGGAUCUAAACGAGUCUAAGACUGCCGAGCUGAACCAUAUGGUCUAUACGUUGCAGCACUGCAUUACGGCGCGCGUAACAACACUGGUAGUACCAUCCAUUGUACAGCUCCGUGGCCUGCAAGAGUUGGAUGUGCGCGCUAUCUUGCAGUCUGGCAACCUCGUCAAAUUGCUAAAGAAGCUGCCCAAUCUCUGUCGCUUGCAUGCGCGCGUGUAUUCAAACAUCACUUCUGGGAUUCUGGGACCAGAGUAUUCGCACGAACGCAAAGGUCCAACCUACAGCUGCAUUAGCAAGACGGUCGAGUUUGUGGAGACUACGUUUUGCGAGGGCACAGCUGAGGACAAGGGGCAGGCAUACCAUGCUGCGUGGUUGAUUGCCAGGUUGUCAGAGCUUAAACGCUGGUAGUGCGUACCACACAAGAGAAAGCUCACCAGUAUAAUACUAAAGGAUAUUGUCGCUGAGCGUCGUUUCUUUUAUGACGUGAAACACAUCAAACCGCUGCUCAAGAUGUAAAGACCUGCUUGCUCUUUGUAUGCUACCAUUUAAUGUCCAAG